AUGGGUCUCAUGCGCCACAUGAACCAUGUCGACCGCGAGGAGCUCUACACAGACCUCGAGGCCCGCAUCCGCUACCUCCACAGCUUCCUCGACUUCUCCUCCAAAGACAUCGAAGCCCUCAUCUCGGGCGCCAAAUACGUCAAAGCCCUCAUCCCCGCCGUCGUCAACAUCGUCUACCACAAACUCCUGCAGUACGACAUCACCGCGCGCGCCUUCACCACGCGCUCCACCUCCUUCGAGGGCCCCAUGGAUGAGGUCCCCGACGAUAACUCCCCGCAGAUCCUGCACCGCAAGAUGUUCCUGCGCGCGUACCUCGCCAAGCUGUGCUCCGACCCGAGCAAGAUGGAGUUCUGGGAGUACCUCGACAAGGUCGGCAUGAUGCACGUCGGGCUCGGCCGCGCGCACCCGCUGCAUGUGGAGUACAUCCACCUCGGCGCGUGUUUGUCCUUUAUUCAAGAUGUGAUGACGGAGGCGAUUUUGAGUCAUCCGAGGUUGCAUAUGCAGCGCAAGAUUGCGCUGGUCAAGGCGCUGGGGAAGGUGAUUUGGAUCCAGAAUGAUCUGAUGGCGAAGUGGCAUGUCAAGGAUGGUGCGGAGUUUGAGAGGGAGGGAGGGGAGGAGCCGGUGAUUGAGGAGGAGGGGUAUCUUCAUGGACGGAAGAUUUUGGAGAGCGAGAGCGAUGAGGAGACGGUCGCGGCGGGGCCGAGGAGCCCGUCGAGGAUACCCAGGACCGAGGGCGUGUGUCCGUUUACGGGGAUUGCGAAGGGGGUGGAGGGGUUGAAGGUGGAUGGGGAGAAGGAGGAGAGGGUUGAGGCUUCGGCGUAG